AUACCGGUCAGAAGGUAUUACCGGUCAUCGCAAAAUCUCCCAUACUACUACGUUCCGCACACGCACACAUACACAGCGCGUCGCAUGAUGUAGCCGAGCGCGAACGCCCCGGCCCCCGCUUCAUUCCAAGCCGCCAUUUGCAAUGAACGCACGUCACUUGUUUUCGCGCCCAGUUGAAGUAAUUUUUCGGGUUAAAACAAUAAGAGAAUGCCUAAAAGAAGAAGCCAACCAGUUUCAAAGGCGUCAUGGAGCCAAGAUCAACUACGCAGAGGGUUCAACCUGGUGGCGGAUGGAAAACCUAUUCGAGAAGCAGCGCGAUCUUGUGGUGUACCGUUUUCUACGCUUCAAGAAAGGAUAAAGAACAAGAACAGUAAUAAACCACAACUGGGACGAAACACUGUCUUCACGAGGGAGCAAGAAAACGAAAUGGCUACGCAGGUUAAGUUCCUUGGUAAAAUAUUUUACGGGUGCACUUCGCUUCAAAUUAGGAAAAUGGCAUACGAAUAUGCUGUAAAAAAUAACAUUAAGCAUAAUUUUAAUGACACUUUUGAACUUGCUGGCAAGGAUUGGCUCAAAGGAUUUAUAAAAAGAAAUCACUUAUCUAUCAGGAAAGCUCAAGGUAUGAGUCUGAAUAGAGCAACUGCUUUUAACAAAAACGAAGUUGGUAUGUUUUUCAAACUUCUUACAGAGCUAAUGGAUAAAUACAAGUUUCUGCCAAGAAACAUAUGGAACGUAGACGAAACUGGGAUUUCCGCAGUGCAAGACCCCGGAAAAAUUGUGGCAGAGAAAGGACAGAAACGUGUAGGUUCUAUUACUAGCGGAGAGAGAGGAAAGACUGUGACAGCUGUGUGUGCUGUAAAUGCUACCGGAGUCUACGUCCCACCAAUGCUAAUUUAUCCACGACAGAGACAUUCAUCUGCUUUAGAAACAGACGGCCCUCGAGGGGCAGUCUAUCGGUGCUCGAAAAAUGGCUGGAUUAAUGAAGAUCUCUUUGUAGAUUGGCUUAAGCAUUUUGCAGAAUUCACCAAGCCUUCAGAAAACGAGCCCAUAUUGCUGGUCCUGGACAACCAUGCAAGCCACAUUUCUUUGAGAGCUUAUGAAUUUUGCAAAGGCAACAACAUAGUGAUGUUAUCAUUACCACCACAUGGCUCGCAUAGAAUACAACCCCUAGAUGUUUCCGUCUAUGGUCCAUUGAAAGCAGCCUAUAAACAAGAAUGUAAUCUUUUUAUAAAGAAUCAAUUGGGAAAAAAGAUAACACAAAAUGAUCUCGCUUCACUGUUCAGAAAAGCUUUUCAAAAAAUAGCAACCAUUCCAAAAGCUGAAGCAGGUUUUGCUGCUACAGGAAUAUAUCCUUUAAACCCCGACGUAUUUACAGACGAAGAUUUUGUGGCUGCUGAAAUUUUAAAUAGUAACGAAGUUGUAGUUUCGACAGAAGAAGUAAGAGACCGGGAUAACAAGACACCAGAAGCCCAAAUCAUAUUAGAUGAAUCAAUAACACAUGACCCACCAACUCAUUCUCAGACCAUUUUAUCUAAAUCACCAUCUCUUAUUGAUGUAAUUGAACCAGUCUCAACAAAUAAUACACCAAUAAUUUCCGCAUUUGAGCAGCCGAGCAAUAUUUAUACAAACCCCAUUCCUUCUACCUCAGGAAGUGGUAAUACUAUCACAGUUAGGGAUCUUCUGCCACUGCCAAGUAAGUCGAUGGAAAAGACAAAAAAUAUACUAUCUCGCAAGCAGCAUGCAUCAGUCCUGACAGGAACUCCUAACAAACAAGCAUUGAUUGAGAAAGAAAACAGAAAAAUUUUAAAAGAGAAAAAACUUAAAAUAAAACCUGAAAAAAAGACAAUUAAAAGAAAAGGAAAAUCGAUCGAAGUGAAAAAGGCUAAAAGAAGAGUGCUUCAAGACAAAAACAAGCGUAAUGAUAGUACAUCGGACUCGGAAAUAGAAAUGACAGACUUACGUGAAGAUGAAGACACUGAUGCUGAUGAUGAUUAUGAAAAUAAAUGUAUCAUUUGCGAUGAUUAUGGGCAAAAUAACGAGCUGUGGUAUAGAUGUGUACUGUGUGGCCUCUGGGCACAUGCUGAAUGCUCUGGUUGUGACUCUCCAGAGGGUUAUAUCUGUGACUUAUGCCAUAACAAACCUUGACCGGUAUUAUCAACCGACUGACUGGUUUUACCCUCCGUGGUGUCGAAUACCAGUCAAAGUAGUUUUUUUUUUAAGACUAAUUAUGCCAAAAUUGUUUCAGUUAUUGAUCUCAAUUAAUGUGAUUUAGUUAGAAGAUUACCUAAAGUUUUGUUAUCGAUAAGAUUAAUAAAGGAAUAUUGAUUAUUA